UCGAGAUAUCGAGAGUUUGUUACUUCGAUUAAUACAUUCAUAUGUUUUUUUGUACUCCAUUUUGUACUUUGUAUACUAAACUAAAUAAAAAUAUAUUUAAAUUUAAUUGUUUAUAAUAAAUAAAUAAAUAAUUUUAUUUUUUUAAAUAAAUGGCCUCGCUAAGUGGAUUCGUUGAAUUUUUUCAAAAAGGAAAAACAUUUAGGCCGAAAAAAAAAUUUACUCAUGGGACAUUAAGAUAUUCUUUAUAUAAACAAGCCCAGGCAUCAUUAAAUUCAGGUAUAAAUUUACGGGCUGCUGUAAAAUUACCACCUGGUGAAGAUUUAAAUGAUUGGAUUGCAGUACACGUGGUGGAUUUUUUCAACCGUAUAAAUUUAAUUUACGGAACAAUAUCUGAGUACUGCGACUCGACAUCAUGCCCGUCAAUGAGCGGAGGUGCGAGAUUUGAAUAUCUAUGGGCGGAUGGUGAUAAAUAUAAAAAACCAAUGGCAUUGCCGGCUCCUCAGUAUAUAAGUCUGCUUAUGGACUGGAUCGAAGCGCAGAUAAAUAAUGAGUCAGUAUUUCCGGUGAGCACGGACGUGCCGUUUCCUAAAACAUUUAUUAGUCUGUGUAAGAAAAUUCUCACGAGAUUGUUCCGGGUGUUUGUUCAUGUUUAUAUUCAUCACUUUGACCGGAUAGUCGCUAUUGGAGCUGAAGCUCAUGUUAACACAUGUUACAAACAUUUCUACUACUUCGUCACGGAGUUCGAUUUAAUAAAUACCAAAGAACUUGAACCAUUAUCAGAAAUGACAUCAAAAGUUUGCAAAGACACUCCAGCACAAUCGCAGUCCCACUCGCCGUCCACAAGCAGCAGUGCGUCCAGGUAG